UUCUGAAUUUCUGUUACGAAAUCGUCUCGAAAAGAUGCCAAUAACAAAGCGAGCCCGGCUCAAACGGCCUGGUCACGUAUUACUCACUCGGUUUUGCACAGGUUUUUACUGGCAUUUUUCGGCAUCAUGGAAGCCUAUGGUGUUCUUUUUGGUGGGUGCAUCUCCGCGGCUUGGGACACUGGUAUAAGGAGCGUUGGAUCUGCUCUUUUUUUGGGGCUGAGGGUAUCGUCAGACAUUCAUUAACAGAGUUUGGACAAACAAACGCCAUCGUUACUAAUUUACGUCAUAAUUCGUGCUCUCAUCUCAAUUCUCCUUCUUUCAUCAUUUUGAGGCGCGUUUCGCAAAAUAUCACCUGAUUACCCCGGAUUUUCAUCUCAGAUCAGUCAGAUCUCAUGGCGCGUCUUAACCCGACAUCAUGGACUUUCGAUAUCGAUCGAUACCUCAAUCCAUUUAUACCAUCACCGCCAUGGCAACAUAUUCCGUAUCCUAUCGCAUACAUCUUUGGAUACCGACGCGAUAAACCAAAGAGCAUUGGGUCAAUCUUGCCAGUGAUAUGGGCAUUCAUCGGAAUAUUCAUCGCACUCUCAGUAAUUGAAUUGGCAUCUGAGCGCAUUCCCUCUUUCGUUGAACGAGGCGCCCCAAUUAUUGUUGGAUCCUUUGGCGCCGGCGCUGUUCUCGAAUUCUACGCUAUCGAAUCUCCCCUCGCCCAACCACGAAACUUCUUCGGCGGCCAACUCAUCGCCGCAACAAUAGGCGUCAGCAUCGGCAAACUCUUCCUCCUCAGCUCAAACUUCCACUCCAUCCAAUGGCUCGGCGGCGCCAUAUCCUGCGCGACCGUAACGUCCAUAAUGGCCCUAACAAAAACCAUCCAUCCCCCGGCCGGCGCAACCGGUCUCCUCGCCGUAGUCGACAACCGCCUCCUCGAUCUCGGCUGGUUCUUUAUCCCCGUAGUAUUAUUCAACUGCACUAUCAUGUUUGGCGUUGCGCUGUUGGUUAAUAACAUUCAGCGCGCGUAUCCGGUUUAUUGGUGGACGCCGGAGGACUUGAGGGGGGUUAAAACGGAGGGGAAGAGGGAGAGUGUUGAUGAGGAGAAGGGGAGGGUGACGGAGGAUAGUGAUUCAGAGAGGCAUGAGAGGCAUGAUGGGAGGGAGAUUAUCAUGAAGCCCGGCGGGAACUUGGUGCUGCCGCAGAAUUUGUUCCUCAUGCAGGAGGAGCUGCAGCUGUUGGAGGAGAUUGCCAACCGUUUAUAGGUUGUGAAAAAGUGUCGCAUCGCGUUGCAUAGCAGUCAAUUUAAAAAGCAAUUAAUUUAGUCUCAUUCAGGCUAUCAAAGCAUUAUCUCGUGA